AUGCGGACAGUCUCGGCGCUAGCUUCGCCUCUGCGGAGAUCAACACCUACAAUGGCCCGCCAGAGCGCGCGGAGAUGCUUCUCGAGCUCCCACAACCUGCAGGCUACAUGGGGGUUCAUAGGACUGGGACGCAUGGGUUAUCCCAUGGCGAAAAACCUCAGAGCGAAGAUACCGGCUGAGGACACACUCUUCGUGCACGAUGUCAAUACCGCAGCUACAAAGCAAUUCCUCGAGGAGCAUCCACAAGGCGUACGAGUCGCUGAGAACGUACGAGAAGUCGCUGAAAAAGCGGAAACUAUCGUCACAUCCUUGCCAGAACCUAAGCAUGUCAAGGCAGUCUUCAAGGAGAUGCUGGAACCAGCUACUCUCCUUUCAGACAGCUCCAUCAACAAAGAACGUUUCUUCAUCGAUUGCUCAACCAUUGAUCCUAUGACGUCUGGUGAGGUAGCGGAAGCUGCUCACUCCACUGGUCAAGGAAAGUUCAUUGAUGCGCCGAUGUCUGGUGGUGUCGUUGGUGCACAGGCUGGUACGCUCACUUUCAUGAUCGGUGCGCCGCCUGAGGCAGUCGAAGGUGCCACUAAAGUCCUGUCAUUAAUGGGUCGGAGAGUGGUUCACCUUGGCGGACCAGGUGCCGGUCUCAAGGGCAAGCUUGCCAACAACUAUCUACUCGCACUCAACAACAUCGCGACGGCAGAAGCAAUGAGUAUGGGUGUGAAAUGGGGUCUUGACCCCAAAGCACUAGCUGGUAUGAUCAACACAGCGACCGGCAAGUGCUGGCCCAGUGAGGUCAACAACCCUGUUCCCGGUGUCAUUGAGGGCGCUCCUGCAAGCAGAGGCUACGAGGGAGGGUUCGGUAUAGGCCUGGCCAGCAAAGAUCUCAAGCUUGCGUUGAAGGCAGCCGAUGAGGCUGGUGUCAAGCUUGCGUUGGGAGAACCAGCAAGAGCGCUCUAUGAUGCAUGCGAAAAAGCUGAAAACUGCAAGGGCAAAGACUUCUCAGUAGUCUACAGAUAUCUUGGGGGCAAGGAGUAG